GGUUGCAGAUUCCAGGGUUCUUAUAACGGACACGUGUCAGAAGUCUGCGAUGCCUCCAGUCGCUUUCACUUUCGAAGAUCGUCAAACCUCCGCCCACCAGAAAUCCAAAAUUGUGCUCGCCAAAUCUAAUCUAAGCGAUGAUAAAAUUCAAUUAAUUCCUGCCUAAUCCAGUUCCAGUUGUGAUGCCAUGAGCGCUCUGAUUCGCAAGGUUUGGGAAUCGGUCGCCCACCGAGCGGGCUCCGGCUACAAAUCCAACCCGAACCCGAACCAUGCAUCCGAGUACGACCGCUUCCUCCAUAUGUAUAUUCAGUCGUCGUCGACCGGCGAGUUCGACCGGAUUCCCAUCGACAUCUUCAUGCAGAUUCUCAAAAUUCUCGGCCCAAAGGAGUCGGCACGGCUGAGAGCGGUCUGCAAAUCGUGGAAAUUUUUGGUGUCGGAUAAUCGCUUGUGGAUUUAUUUUCUGCAGCAUCAGCCGGAGCCCUGGGACUCUGUUUUCUUCGCCGAGACUCACUUGCGAUCGGGUUAUCCUCUGCAAGUGUUUCCUGCCCAGAUGCAUGACCUGUCAUUUAUGCAUGUACAUGGUCAGCGUGUUGAGGUUCCUGGAGCUCUCAUAAUUGAUGGUGGCUCAGGUUAUUGUAAAUAUGGAUGGAGCAAGUAUUCCUCUCCAUCUGGGCGGUCAGCAACAUUUUUAGAAUUUGGAAAUAUUGAGUCUCCUAUGCCUUCUAGACUUCGACAUUUUUUUUCAACAAUUUGCAACAGAAUGCAGGUGAAAACAUCAACACAACCAAUUGUUGUAUCAAUACCCCUCUGCCAUUAUGAUGAUACUGAGUCCGCAAAAGGUUCUCGAAGACAGCUAAAGGAUGCCAUCUACUCGACACUGUUUGAUAUGAAUGUUCCUGCUGUAUGUGCCAUCAACCAGGCAACUCUGGCUCUGUUUGCAGCAAGAAGAACAUCGGGAAUUCUUGUAAAUGUUGGUUUCCAUCAAACCUCUGUCGUUCCAAUUUUACAUGGCAAGGUGAUGCGUAAGGUUGGUGUGGAAGUUGUAGGGAUGGGAGCUUUGAAACUUACAGGAUACCUCCGAGACCGGAUGCAACAGAAUAAUAUACAAUUUGACUCGCUGUAUACUGUCCGCACAUUGAAAGAGAACUUGUGUUAUGUUGCCCUCGACUAUGAAGAUGAACUAUCCAAAGACACUCGAGCAUCUUUUGCAGUUUCAUCUACCAGUUGGUUUACACUUUCAAAGGAGCGCUUUCAGACAGGAGAAAUAUUAUUUCGGCCUCGCAUGGCAGGAACGCAGGCAAUGGGUCUGCAUCAGGCGGUGGCGCUUUGCAUGGAUCACUGCCAUGAUGCUGAAUUAACUGGAGACGAUAAUUGGUAUAAAACUGUUGUGCUGGCCGGUGGCAGUGCAUGUUUGCCAGGAAUAGCAGAAAGACUAGAGAAAGAACUGUAUGGACUUCUGCCAACUUCCUUGUCCAACGGACUUCGGGUUUUACCUCCCCCUUAUGGUGGAGAUUCUGCAUGGUUUGGAGCGAAGCUCAUCAGCAAUCUGAGCACCUUUCACACAUCUUGGUGCAUGACUAGAAAGCAAUUCCGGCAACGGUCCAAGCGGAAGGUGUUGUGGUGAACGCUCUUCACAUGAAUUCUUCAAGGUUAGACAAUGCUACCAUGCAUGAAUAAGAUCUUUUAUUAAAUAGAAUGAUUAUGGUAAGACCUGAAAAUAAUGAAAAGUGGUAUAUAGAAAUACUUCAUAUUUCCUACUAUCAAUCAAUUAGUCCGUUUGUUGAGAUAUUCUUCAAACGUCAAACCCGCUCUAAAUUUUUGUUUGUAUCAUUACAGAUAAAUGUAUACAUAAAUAUAGAUAUAUAGAAAAAUUUAUUUUCAUUUAAUGUAAGAGAAAUACUCGUGUGUGUUCUCUUUGAAGUUCCGAGGAUUGACUGUCUCUUAGAGAAUGUGUUGACAUUUGGGAAUGUCGGAAAUUGUUACUCCAUUUGGUAAACUUUUUAUGCCAUAUAAAGAAGUGUUGAAAAUUUA